AUGGGAAAGUGCGACUCCGAGCAGUUCCUCUGCUUUACAUGCUACAUGCUCGGGAUCCAGGACCAGAUCCAGGACCAGAUCCAGGACCAGGACCAGAUCCAGGACCAGAUCCAGGACCGGGGUCAGAACCAGGACCAGGAGUCCAGCAGCAGGACCAAAGCGGACUCUUCCUCCGCUGGUCUGCAGAAACAUAAAGCCAAAGAGGGAAACACAAGUUACUGCUGUGAUAGGAGGGAUAAAGUCCUCACCCCUUCACCAGGUGUGAAGGUCCAAAAGAGGAUUCAUACUGAAGAGAAGCUGUACACCUGUGAUCAGUGUGGGACAUCUUUUACCGAACAAGGUCAUCUAAGGCGUCAUCAGCGUAUUCACACUGGAGAAAAGCCGUACAAAUGUGAUCAGUGUGGGACAGCUUUUACCCGACAAGAUCAUCUAAGGCGUCAUCAGCGUAUUCACACUGGGGAUAAGCCUUACAGAUGUGAUCAGCAUGGGGCAGCUUUUACCGAACAAGGUCAUCUAAGGAGUCAUCAGCGUAUUCACACUGGAAAAAAGCUGUACAAAUGUGAUCAGUGUGGGGCAGCUUUUACCCGACAAGAUCAUCUAAGGCGUCAUCAGCGUAUUCACACUGGAGAAAAGCCGUACAAAUGUGAUCAGUGUGGGGCAGCUUUUACCAAUCAAGGUAGUCUAAGGAGUCAUCAGCGUAUUCACACUGGAGAAAAGCCGUACAAAUGUGAUCAGUGUGGGGCAGCUUUUACCAUGUCAGGUCAUCUAAGGAGCCAUCAGCGUAUUCACACUGGAGAAAAGCCUUACAGAUGUGAUCAGUGUGGGGCAGCUUUUACCCAACGAUGUCAUCUAAGGAGUCAUCAGCGUAUUCACACUGGGGAUAAGCCUUACAGAUGUGAUCAGUGUGGGGCAGCUUUUACUGAACAAGGUAGUCUAAGGAGUCAUCAGCGUAUUCACACUGGGGAUAAGCCUUACAGAUGUGAUCAGUGUGAGGCUGCUUUUACCGAACAAGGUAGUCUAAGGUGUCAUCAGCGUGUUCACACUGGGGAUAGGCCUUACAGAUGUGAUCAGUGUGGGGCAGCUUUUACCCGACAAGGUCAUCUAAGGAGUCAUCAGCAUAUUCACACUGGAUUUAAGCCUUACAGAUGUGAUCAGUGUGGGGCAGCUUUUACCGACCAAGGUAGUCUAAAGCGUCAUCAGCGUAUUCACACUGGAGAUAAGCCUUACAGAUGUGAUCAGUGUGGGGCAGCUUUUACCCAACAAGGUCACCUAAGGCGUCAUCAGCGUAUUCACACUGGAUAAAAAAUUGUCCGUGAUCAGUGUGGGGCAGCUUUUACUUGGAGAGCUCAGUUAAAGGUGCCAAUUUAGACAUGUUAUGUUGUUCUGAGAAAAAAAGAAAUCUGGAGUUUUGUAUUCAGUUUCAACUGAAAAAUGUGUUUAAAUUUGAUUUUUCACCAGUUUAUGUCCCAUUGACCCAUU